UCGAGUGAACGUGUGAAUGGUAUGGUGAUUCUACGGACGAAUUGCAAUCAUUACAAUGAUGAUUCAAGAUCAACGGAUGGAAGGGCCCAUAGCUUGGUUUUCACACGUGCUGAAAAUUCGUCAUAAAAUUUAUUUUUCACUGGAAUCAUCAUUCAAAUUACGAUUCUGUUCCCGUGUGGAAGGGCGGAAUGAUUCUUUGUUGCGAACAUGGUGAAAAGAGAGAGAGAGAAUGAGCAACAGAAAGGUUUAUUUCUAUCACUAUUCCUUUCAACAAUAAUCUUUUGUAUGGCCUAAACUCCAACAAACACUCCUGUAUAUACGUGUGUAUUGUGCGUACUCCCUUUUCGUUGCAAUUGUCCCGCAAACUCAAUCAUGUUGUGUUGGAGUGCUUUUUCUACAGUGCGGCUUUAAUUCGUGACUAUAAUAUACAAUGUGGAGCUGUUAUGAAACCCUUUCCUCUCCAAGUUUACCUGUAGUAGUUUGCAUCUUCAUGUCUGCAUCUGGCCAUGUAGGUAUACUAAAAACAGUAGGAUUCUUCAUGAGCGACAUCAACAUUGAUCUGGAAACCACAGCAACUGAUAUGGGAAGGGCACUUGGUUUGCUGAAUGCCUUCUUUCUCUUACCGGGUCCAAUAACUGCUGCCCUUUAUCGAAAUCAUUCUAUUCGUCGUCCGUUGCUCAUAUCUGGAACGUGUCUUCAAACAUUAGGAGUGGCGUUCUUUUCAAUGGCAACUAGCAAAGCUCAAAUGACCAUCUUUCUAUCAAUGACAGGUUUGGGAAUAGGUACCGUGAUAUUAUGUUGUAUUUUGACAUUACAUCAUGUUGCUCGGGGAAACUUCAACCUAUGCAUCGGCCUUGGUCUGAGCGGGUAUGGCGCCGGUAUGGUCCUUUUGCCAAUCGUAGCUGAAUUCCUGCGUAACCCGUACGGGUGGAGAGGUGGAUUGCUCAUUAUAAGUGCCCUUAUAGCGCAUACCAUCCCAUGUUCUAUGGGAAUUAGAAUGAAAUCCGACGAGGAGAGUAGGCCUACACAGAAAAAUGGUUUUCAGCCAAUCGAAAGCUCGUCUACAGGACCUUUGGAAAUGGACAUAACGGAAGAAAACGAAGCAAAUGCAGGACACGGCUCAGGCCUGUCAAACGGAAAUUGCCGAUUUUGGCACGUUGCUAGUUUUCGUGGGAUCGCCAAUAUCCUUCGUGAAUCUGAUUUCUACAAAGAUCCUGUAUUUACCCUGAUUUUUGGUGUGGAGUUUGCAUUCGAUAUGGUCUACAGUGGUUGGCACUCUUUUCUCGUACCCCAUGUUCUGCAAAGAGGAAUCUCGGUCGAGAAAACCAUUAUCUUGACACUCUCAGGAGCGGUAGGGAAUACUUUAAGCAGAUGUGGUGUAGGUGUCAUUACAAACCACCAAUUCAAGCCGAUCGAUGUUUACAUCUUCGCUACAACCCUAAACAUUGGCGCUCUUCUCGUCGAUGUGCUUGUAGUGAACUAUUACGUUAUGUUGGUGACGUCUUGUUUCUCUGCCAUGUCCAUCGGAGGGAGGGCGGCGGUCACAACGCUUAUUGAGAGGGAAAGAGCAUCUCCCGACAAAUUUGAUGUCGUCUUUUCACUCGCAAGAUGUUUUUCUGGAGGUGCGAUGUUUCUUGGUGGUUAUUUAGGUGGUUUAGUAGCAGAUACCUUUUCUUCGUUCAAUGCUACGUUCACGAUGUUACCAAUCAUUGAGGCUGUUGUUCUCAUCCUGGUCGUGGUGAUGAAAUGUUACCCUAAACCUGAUACUUUAUGACAAUGCCAAUUCGCCAUUGUGAAAUUUCUCCACUCCUGAUGACGGAUAUUCAAGCUUUUCGGAACUUUGACUUGGAGAUUCCUCAUCGCGUCUUCAACCCACCGUGCACCAUACUAUUUCCGCUCAUCUACUCGGGACUUUUCAAUCCAUGCGCUACUUCUCAUUUCCCAGAUACGGGGCCUUGAAAGUGCUAUCGACCUGACGACUUGGCGAGAUACUUUAUCUUGCCAUGUCGACAUAAUAAUCGUAUUAGGUCAACAGUUUAGAACCCAUUGAAAUAAAGCUUUGUUUUAGCAAGUGAGGUUUUAUUCAGUGGUAAAUGAAAUGCUUGGCGACUAAUUUGAAUGUGAGAGGCAAAGACAAUUGUUUAGUGCUAAGCUUGAUCAUAAGCUGUCCAAGUUGAAAAGUGUGCAAUUAUUCAAUUUCAAAAUUUUAUUGUUCAAGAAUAUAUAGUUUUAUGUGCCCGAAAAUUUGCAUUAUUUAUUAUUAUUGCAUUACCCCCGAGCCAUAAGUCCGUAAUUUAAGUAUAGGAGGAUUAUAAUAGAAUACAUGGAUGACAUAAUAAUGUGUGGUAGGAAUUGUUUUAAUUGACCAAAGAUGCCAGUAUUUCGAUCAAUUAUUUUGCAGAAAUUGUCAAGAUGCGCUUUUCAAGAUAGCUUGUCAUUUAUGAUUAGUCCAAGGAAUAAUGUUGAUCGGACCAUUUGAUUGACAGAACCAUAGAAAUUACAUCAGCUGGUAAAGCUUCAAACUGAUUACUAAACAACAUAUAAUUACUUUUAUCAAUGUUAAGUGGUAAUUUGUUUGCCUUUAUCCAAUAUGCAAUGUUUUUUAAGUGCUUUAUUCAAAAUUUGUGUCAAUUGUUUUGGAUCAUGAUAUGAGAAAAAACACAUUUGAAUCAUCAGCAAAAAGAAUGAAUCAAA